UUAUUUAUAAGGUAUCUUCACGUUUUAAUGAUCUUCUGGUCAUUCGUGGCUGGUGUUUUCACCUUCUACUGUUCAUUGGGACCGGAUUCCCUUUUGCCCAGUUUUCUUUUUACAAUAAAAUAUAAACCCAAGCAAUUAGAAUUGCCAGAGCUGUUUCCCCAUGGUCACAGUUGUGCUGUUUGUGGCAAGGUCAAAUGCAAGAGGCACAGACCUACUUUGCUUCUGGAAAACUAUCAACCAUGGCUGGAUCUAAAAGUGCCUUCCAAGGUGGAUGCAUCACUUUCAGAGGUGCUCGAGUUGGUGCUGGAAAACUUUAUUUAUCCAUGGUACAGAAACAUUACCGACGACGAAUCCUCUGUGGAUGAGCUCAGAGGCACGCUGCGGUUUUUUGCGUCUGUGUUAGUUCGGAGAAUUCACAAGGUGGAUAUUCCAACUGUUGUAACAAAGAAAAUGCUCAAGGCAGCGAUGAAACACAUCGAAGUGAUAGCCAAGGCCCGGCAGAAAGUAAAAAAUGCAGAAUUUUUACAGCAAGCUGCUUUAGAGGAAUAUGGACCAGAACUCCAUGUUGCCUUGAGAAGUCGAAGAGAUGAACUUCACUACUUAAGAAAACUUACUGAACUUCUUUUUCCUUAUAUUUUACCCCCAAAGUCAACAGAGUGCAGGUCCCUGGCUCUUCUGAUAAGAGAGAUUCUGCCUGGUUCUGUUUUUCUGCCCUCAAUGGAUUUCUUAGCUGAUCCUGACACUGUCAACCAUUUGCUGCUGAUCUUCAUUGAUGAUAGUCCUCCUGAGAAAGCAACUGAACCUACUUCUGCACUGGUUCCAUUCCUUCAGAAAUUUGCAGAGCCAAGAAAUAAAAAACCAUCUGUACUGAAACUGGAACUAAAGGAGAUCAGAGAUCAGCAAGACCUUUUAUUUCGGUUUAUGAACUUCUUGAAACAGGAAGGGGCAGUCCAUGUGCUGCAGUUCUGCCUGACUGUAGAGGAAUUCAACGACAGAAUUUUGCGACCAGAACUGUCAGAUGCUGAAAAGAUGUCUCUUCAUGAGGAAGUACAGAAGAUUUACAAAACUUACUGUUUGGAUGAAAGCAUUGACAAAAUUAGAUUUGACCCUUUUAUUGUGGAAGAGAUUCAAAGAAUUGCUGAAGGUCCAUAUUUGGAUGUUGUGAAACUUCAAACUAUGAGGUGUCUUUUUGAAGCUUAUGAGCAUGUGCUUUCUCUACUCGAGAACGUUUUUACUCCUAUGUUCUGUCACAGUGAUGAGUACUUCAGACACCUUUUAAGAGGAGCAGAGUCACCAACACGCAAUUCAAAGCUGAACAGAAGUAGCCUGAGUUUGGAUGACUUCCGGACCACACAGAAGAGAGGAGAAUCAUUUGGAAUCAGUAAAAUAGGCAACAAAAUAAAAGGUGUAUUCAAAAGUUCUGCAAUGGAAGGAGCUAUAUUGCCCAACUAUCACUUAAAUGAAGGAGAAGAUGACUUUAUUGAAGAAGGUGUCAUGGUGAUGGAAGAUGAUUCUCCCGAGGAGGCUGUUAGUACCCCGAAUACACCCCGCAACCUCGCCGCCUGGAAAAUUAGCAUCCCAUAUGUAGAUUUUUUUGAUGAUCCCUCCUUGGAGAGAAAAGACAGAAAGGAGAGAAUUCCUGUGUUCUGCAUUGAUGUAGAGAGAAAUGACAGAAGAGCAGUUGGGCAUGAACCUGAGCACUGGUCUGUCUACAGGAGGUAUCUUGAAUUUUACGUGCUUGAGUCAAAGCUAACAGAAUUCCAUGGUACAUUUCCUGAUGCUCAGCUUCCCUCAAAGAGAAUCAUUGGCCCCAAGAACUAUGAGUUCUUAAAAUCCAAGAGAGAAGAGUUUCAGGAAUAUCUACAGAAACUACUGCAACAUCCAGAACUAAGUAACAGCCAGCUUUUAGCUGACUUCCUGUCCCCUAAUGGAGGGGAGACUCAGUUUCUUGACAAAAUGUUGCCUGAUGUGAAUCUUGGUAAAAUUAUAAAGUCUGUUCCAGGAAAGCUGAUGAAAGAGAAAGGUCAGCAUUUGGAGCCAUUCAUCAUGAAUUUUAUCAACUCCUGUGAAUCUCCCAAGCCUAAACCAAGUAGGCCUGAACUUACCAUUUUGAGUCCCACUUCUGAAAACAACAAAAAGCUUUUCAAUGAUCUGUUCAAGAAUAAUGCAAACCGGUCUGAGAACACAGAAAGGCGACAAAAUCAGAACUACUUCAUGGAAGUGAUGACUGUGGAAGGAGUCUAUGACUACUUAAUGUAUGUUGGUAGGGUGGUGUUCCGCAUUCCUGACUGGCUGCAUCACCUCUUGAUGGGAGGAAGGAUUCUCUUCAAGAAUACAUUGGAACUCUACACAGAUUAUUAUUUGCAUUGUAAAUUAGAACAGCUGUUUGAGGAGCAUCGUUUGGUUUCCUUGAUAACACUGCUGAGAGAUGCUGUGUUCUGUGAGAACACCGAGCCGCGCUCUCUCCAGGACAAACAGAAGCGAGCAAAGCAGACUUUUGAAGAAAUGAUGAGAUACAUUCCAGAUUUAAUAGGCAAGUGCAUUGGGGAAGAGGCUAAAUAUGAAGGCAUCAGGCUUCUGUUUGAUGGGAUGCAGCAACCAGUGCUCAACAAGCAGUUAACUUAUGUUCUGCUGGACAUUGGGAUCCAGGAACUCUUUCCAGAGCUGAGUAAGGGUCCAAAGGAAGCCAGCUCUGUCUCAUGUUGGAUGUGAAUGCAGGGAUCUUGCAGGACACCCAGUAGCAAACAUCUGCUGUGCACUAUUGUAAUGGAUAUGUGACAUUUUGACCUUGCAAUGUAUAUUUUCUU